AGCUGAGCUGACUGAGUGAGCAAAUGAGGGAGUGAGUGAGUGAGAGAGACUGAAGCGGAGAGCAGAACAGCGGUGGCGGCGGCAGCCAUCUUAGAACUACCGCUGUAACCGAGCCCCGCAUCUUCUGGAUAUUUUCAUCACCGAGUGAAUAACAGCGUCGAGCGGGGAAGAAAAGGGGAGCGAUAUCAGCGGUUCAGCCUCUGGCCUUUCAGAAGAAGACGGGAUGCGGGUCCGCGGGUGUAACUCUGUCUGCUCCGCAGUCGGACUGCUGCUCGCUGUGCUGUGCGCGGCGGAGGCGGCUAAAGUGAACAAGCACAAGCCAUGGAUUGAGACCACAUAUCACGGCAUCGUAACAGAAAACGAUGACAAAGUUCUCCUGGAUCCUCCACUGAUAGCACUGGAUAAGGAUGCCCCAUUGCGCUAUGCAGACAGUUUUGAGGUGACCUUCACCAAAGAAGGGGAGAUUUGUGGCUUCCGGAUUCAUGGGCAGAACGUACCGUUCGAGGCGGUGAUGCUGGAUAAGUCUACGGGUGAGGGAGUGAUCCGGGCCAAAGACAAGCUGGACUGUGAGCUCCAGAAGGAGCACACCUUCACCAUCCAGGCCUAUGACUGCGGAGAGGGUCCUGAUGGAACCAACAUGAAGAAAUCUCACAAGGCUACCGUCCACAUUCAAGUGAAUGACGUGAACGAAUACUCACCAGUGUUCAAGGAGAAGUCAUACAAGGCCACAGUCAUCGAGGGUAAAAAGUACGACAGUAUUGUGAAGGUGGAGGCGGUGGAUGCUGACUGCUCUUUCCAGUUCAGUCAGAUCUGCAGCUAUGAGAUCGUCACCCCUGAUGUGCCCUUCACCAUCGACAAGGAUGGCAACAUCAAAAACACGGAGAAGCUGAACUACAGUAAGGAGCGCAUGUACAAGCUGACAGUGACUGCCUAUGACUGUGGGAAGAACCGUGCUUCAGAGGACGUCCUCGUCAAAAUCAACAUUAAACCCACCUGCAAACCGAGCUGGCAAGGCUUUAAUAAAAGGAUUGAGUAUGAGCCUGGCACAGGAAGUCUGGCCCUGUUCCCUAGCAUCCGUCUGGAGACCUGUGAAGAACCAAUCACCUCCAUCCAGGCCAGCAUUGAGCUCGAGACCAACCACAUCGGCAAAGGCUGUGAUCGGGACACAUACUCUGAGAAGUCCCUGCACCGGCUGUGUGGUGCAAGCACGGGCACUGUGGAGCUGCUGCCCGCUCCCAGCAGUGCCACCAACUGGACCGUGGGCCUGCCCACUGACAAUGGCCACGACAGCGACCAGGUCUUUGAGUUCAAUGGCACACAGCCCAUUAAGGUUCCUGAGGGCGUGGUGAGCACUAGCCUGAAAGAGCCUUUCACUAUCUCUGUGUGGAUGAGGCACGGACCUGGUGGCAGGGAGAAAGAAACCAUCCUCUGCAACUCUGAUAAGACAGAGAUGAACAGACACCACUACUCCCUGUAUGUGCACAACUGUCGCCUGGUGCUGCUCCUGCGCCAGGACCCCACUGAGUCAGAGAACUACAAACCAGCGGAGUUCCACUGGAAACUCGACCAAGUGUGUGACAAAGAGUGGCAUCACUACGUGCUGAACAUCGAGUUCCCUGCCGUGGCUCUGUUUGUAGAUGGAGCCUCCUUCGAGCCCUUCCUGGUCACAGAGGAUUACCCUCUCCACGCCUCCAAGAUUGAGACCCAGCUCACUAUUGGCGCCUGCUGGCAAGACCUCUCAGGACAUGACAAUGACACUGAGACAGUCUCUGAGCCUUUGACAGGUGGCAGCGCCCGCAUGGCUCAGUACUUCCGCGGUAAUUUGGCUGGUCUCAUGAUCCGCUCUGGGAAGCUGGAGAAUAAGAAGGUGAUCGACUGCCUGUACACCUGCAAAGAGGGCCUGGACGUCCAGCUUCCAGAAGAGGUGGCUUCUGCUGUGAAGGUGGAGUUUAACCCCAAUCAGUCCUCUCUGACUUUGGAGGGAGAUGAUAUUGAGAGCUUUGAGAAGGUCAUGCAGCACAUCUCCUACCUGAACUCAAGGCAGUUCCCCACACCAGGAAUACGCCACCUUCGUGUCACCACCACUGUCAAGUGCUUUAAUGAAGAGACCUGCAUCUCUGUGCCUGAUGCUGAGGGCUAUGUGAUGGUCCUCCAGCCUGAGGAACCCAAGAUCAGUCUGAGUGGCAUCGACCACUUCGCUCGCGGAGCCGCAGAGUUUGAGAGCACUGAAGGAGUGACGCUGUUCCCCGAGCUGCGCAUCGUCAGCACCAUCACACGUGAGGUGGAGGCUGAGGCUGAGGGAGAGGAUGACCCCACAGUGCAAGAGACCGUGGUUUCUGAGGAGAUCAUGCACAACCUGGACAUGUGCGAAGUGACAGUAGUGGGAGAUGAUCUGGACGGAGACCAUGAGAGUCUGGAGGUGGAUUUGGCUCAGGUUCAGCAGAGAGGCCUGGAGAUCAGUUCCUCCAAUGUGGGCAUGGUCAUCACUGGUGUGAACACCAUGGCUAACUACGAGCAGGUGCUGCACCUGAUCCGCUACAGGAACUGGCACACAGAGGCUCUGUUUGACAGGAAGUUCAAACUGGUCUGCUCGGAGCUCAACGGCCGCUACGUCAGCAAUGACUUCAAGGUUGAGGUCAACGUGAUCCACACAGCUAAUCCAAUGGAGCAUGUUAACAAUGCCAUGUGGCAGCCUCAGUUCAUCAACCAAGUAAAGCACGCCUCAGUGGAUCUGUCUGGACACAACCUGGCCAACACACAUCAGGCCUCAGUCGUUCCCAGUGCCGCCACAAUUGUCAUUGUGGUGUGUGUGAGCUUCCUAGUGUUCAUGAUUAUCCUGGGAGUGUUCCGGAUUCGCGCCGCUCACCAGCGCACUAUGAGAGACCAGGAGAACGGCAAGGAGAAUGAGAUGGACUGGGACGAUUCUGCCCUCACCAUCACUGUCAACCCAAUGGAGACUUAUGAGGACCAGCACAGCAGCGAGGAGGAGGAGGAAGAGGAGGAGGAGAGCGAGGAUGGGGAAGAGGAAGAUGAUAUUACCAGCGCGGAGUCGGAGAGCAGCGAGGACGAGGAGGGAGCAGAGCAGGAGGACCAACAGGGGACAAGCCGGCAGCAACAACUUGAGUGGGACGACUCCACUCUGACCUACUGAAAACUCCCCAACACACACACACAUAAGCUUCACACACUGCUCCGAUAACACACACACAUGCACACACCUUCACCCACCCACUCACCCACCUUCUCACUCACUUCUUCACCAGUGGGGAAUCCCACUUCCCCUUGCCAGAUUCUUUAUCUGCGGAGCCAUGAGUAAAAACAACAACAACAACAAAAAAAACAAGUCCUUGAAGCUAAACACGUAUAUAUGAAUAUAAAUACAUAUAUUCUCUAGUGUCUGUGGUGACAGAUGUUGCGGAGUCAGCUUAAUUUCCACUGGCCAAGGCUUCCCUGGUGUCAGCUUAGUGGUGGUAUUCAGUGUAGUAUAGUUAUCACAUAAUAGCUGAAUGCAUUUUUUUUAUUUAUUUCUUAUUUUUUAUCCAAGGGAAACCUGGCCUAGGUCUAAUUUUUUUAGCUUUGUAAGGAUAUACAACCUUGCACUUUUUCUUUCUUUUACAUGUCAAGUCUUUGAAAUUGAGAAUGAUUUUAUGUAUAUUGGACAUAAAUUUGGAAUUUCUUUGCUUUUUGAAACUUUUAAAAUGAGAAGCUUUUGCCUCUUUGCUUUUUUCCCUUCGCUCUGGAGACAGGAAGGAGAUGACGCUUCUUGCUCAUGGUCGACUUUUUUGUUUCUCCUCUCUUUAUAGUGCAUGGGAAAAAAAUGGCAAAGUCAUGCUUAUAGAAGAAGAAAAAAAAUGCUUUUUGAUAUUUUGUACAUAAGAUGAAACCAUGUAAUUAGUCAAUGUGUAUCAGUGAGAAGCCUAACCAAUGGUGUCCAGUAUCUAAAGCGACGCAGUACCUGCUGUAGAAUAUUAUUUAUGUCACAGAGGCAAUAGCAUGCUUCAAAACAAUCUGGCAGAGCUCUUCCAUCAUGCUUCUAGGAGAUGGUCUGCUUCUCAGAGAGAAACCCAUGACAGAGGCUGAGGUUUCUGUGGCAGUGUUGUUCAUUUUGUCUUGUCUUUUGCAGUUUUUUUUUCUGGUUUUGUUGUUUUUUUCCCUUUUAUUUAAUCUAGUUGAGUGGGUGGGCAUGGAAUUGGUUCAGUGUUUUUGCUAAAUCUAGCUGAGCUUGCUGCCGAUACAAGUGCUGCGACUAACGUUUGAUGUUUUUUCAUUUCUGUGAAGGUCCACUGUUGGACAGGUUUAUAUUUUGGAGACAACGUUCAGGUGAUGACUCUGUGUUUGUUUUAUGAGCGGUACUGUAUAUUAUACAGUUUAGGCGCACUGCAGGUAUUUAAGCCAUCUUAAAGUGGUAGCGGUGAUCUUUUUUUCUUUUUUUUCCUGUAAUGCUGUCUGCACUGUCAUAGCCCCUUCUGAUCACACCAAUCUGGCAUAACUUAGACAAAAGGAGCCUCUGGAGUUUGGUGAUGGCGUGAGCUUUAUGAAAUAUGUAGGGUGCCGCAUAGACAAAAUGCUAUGCCGAACUGUACUGCAGAAAUAUUUUAUGGGGAUAUUUAUUCUUUGGUGUCUAAUUAAACUUGUUUUAUAGUGAUAUACAAGGUUAUAAUAUAAGGUUGACUCAAUGUGAGCCGGUCUUUCAUAGGAAAUCGAUGUGAAUGCUCGAGAAGUUCACUUUUUGAGGCAUUCUUUCACAGGUACGCAUAAAACAGCAAGAAUAUUUUUGCAGUAUACCACUAGGUUUUGGUAUACAGUGUACUGUAGACCUGUUUUAAAGAUUUUCUGUUUACAUUUGGUAAAACCUUUAUGCUCCCUUUGAAGGUUUUAGCGCUCUACAGACUUGCCUGCAGGUCCUCUUCAAGCAGUUUAGUUCUCUUCCUUUAACUGGACCGUAUAAAAGUCUUGCCCCUGUCCAUUUAUUUAUGGCCAGCUAAGAGUCUGAAAAAGAAUGUUGGAUGUUCAGAAGAAUGUUGGCUUGAGGAGGAACUGCACUUGGGUGAAGCGUGAUGUACAUGGUACUUAAAAACUGUUUCCCUCAUUCUUUGUAUUGAGAUUCUCAGUUUAUUGCUAAAACCUAAAAGCUUUCUUAGAUUGUUAAUAAUAUUUUUUGUCACCAGGAAGAGAGAAGCCGUGUAAGAAAAGGUCUAUUUUUCUGACCCAGUGUAAAGGCAGAUGGAAGGUUGUUUAGAGUUGCUAAUGUAGUUCUUUAGCGUUCUGUUGUUUGUUUGUUGUGUUCUGGUGAACAGUUCCCCUUUGAAAAAAAUACAAGCUCGAGCCAGAGCUGAGGUCCAGAUUUCAGCUGGUGGAGUUGGGAGUGCCUUUUGCCUAUCACUGCGCAUUAUUAACACAACUAACGAAAAACACUCAUCCACGCCAUUCUAGCUGUGGCCAUUCUCUUCUUUUGUAAUUAUUUAAUAUUAGACUUGGUACAGCUGUAGGAAGGUGAUUUUUUUUCUUCUGUUGUGAUAGGGGUCAACAGCUAGUUUUAUCAGAAGUGGUUAUUUUAAUUGUCCUACAUAGUUGUCCUGUGUUCAUGUCGAUGUGUAGAGAAAAGUAGGUCCAUAUUGUAUCAUCAAUAUUGUACUAAACCAUGUUUGAGGACACAAACUCCUACAGAGAUGUAUAUUAUUGAAAUAAUUCUCUAGGCAGCAUAGGUGGGUAUGAAUUUUAACAAUCUGUGUAUAGUGAAAGCUCAUUUUUGACGUGUAUUGCCUGAUUUCUUGACCAAGAUAUUAGAGGGCAGCAUGAAAUUCACAAGUACCAGUGAUUCUUUUUCUUUUUUUCCUCUCUUCCACACACAUUUUGCACAAACUGUGUAAUGAGUUCACAGGAUGUUUUUUUUUUGUUUGUUUUUUUCGGUCCGUGUGGCAUUUUAUAUUUCCUACUUCUCUGCAAAUGCAACUCUGUGUUUAGUAAAGCAUUCCAUAAGACCAGAAUUGAAUUGAUGGAAGUUUCACAGGUAGUUGUGGGAUCCAUUCUUUCCAGCACAAGGUACUUUUAAGAACUGUUUUUGUUUUUCUGAGCAGGUUUUCUCAUUUACCACCUAUCAAGUGAUGUUCAUGAGCAUGUCUGCUGAAGUUGCAAACAUGAGCGUGUGAAUAGGUGGGAAUGUAAUGGGCCAUUGACUUUGCAUGAAUAACUCUGUGUCUCAUGUGUAUUACACUUAGAAUUGUGGAUUAGCCGUGUCUGGGGGUAAUACAGAGACUGUACUACUGAAUCAGAGUCUUUCACAGGUCUCAUUGUCUACCUUUUAGAUUCCUUUUAUUUUUUUUUUGCUCUUAAAAUGGAAGGUGGGGAGAGUUCUAGAAAAUGCUGGAUGUCGCCCUUGUGCUCAUUCACUUUUCUACCAAUUCAAAUGGCAAACUGUGGUGAAGUUGAUGCUUGCUCAUGAACAAAAUAAAGGAUGAGAUGGGAUUAAACUUGA